AUGGUGUCACCCACGAGCAUCAGCGUCGUGGGCAAGGAGGACGGUGCCAGCGUGGAAGUGAAAGCUGGCACUGCUAUCACCUUGGAGUGCCUCGUGACAGAUGCCCGACCCGCUGCCAGUGUCAUGUGGUACAGGGAUGGGCUGAUGCUGGAUCAAGCCCUCCACGAAGAGCAGCUGGUGCCCUCGACGAAGCCCCGUCGGUGGAGCGUCCGAAGUAAGCUCCUUCUGCGUCCCACUCCGGCGGACAACGGACAACAGUACUCCUGCCGCGCCCUUCACCCUGCCCUCAAGGACUCGCCUACGUCCCUGGUGGCGUCCGUGACUCUGUCCGUCUUGCACCCCCCGAGCGCCCCCGCGAUCACGGGCUACGCGGCCGGCGACGUCCUACUGGAGGGGCAGCGCCUCAACCUCACCUGCCGCGUCCUGGGGGGCAACCCGCGCCCCUGGGUGCUCUGGUACCGGCACGGGCGGCCCCUGGACCACGCCUCCAUCAACCAGAUCCAAAGGGCAGAUGCGACCGUCAGCACCAAGGCGCCCAUUAGCAACGUGCGGGAACCCGGGGGCGUCAGCAGCAGUCAGCAGGUCACGGGGUCGCGUCAGGAAGACGGGGCGGAGUACGAGUGCCGAGUCACCAGCCCGCUCCUCGAGGCGCCGCUCUCCACCAGCGUCUCCCUCGCCGUGCACUACGGGCCAAAGGGCGUGGACGUGACGGGGCCUUCUGUUGUGGCGGCCGGGCAAGAAUUCGUCGUCGUCUGCAAGUCCUUGCCUUCUAAUCCCCCGGCGACGAUAACGUGGAUGGUUCAAGGCACCCUGGCACCCCGCCCUGCGAACAUUGGCACUGAGGCACUGCAGGCUCUCGGAAAGGCUCUCUGCAUCAUCCCGUGCUCUUCCAAGGCACUUACGCCAGGCACCAGCCCAUUAACCCAGCUGCCAGACUCCAAUGAUGAUGGCGAGUGUCAAGGCGGAUGCUGGGGGACUGUCAUGCACUUCUCAUGGCUUAUUACGAACGCCGAGGGCUUACGUAUUGGGUAUAGCCGUGUCAGGCAGAGCGAGCGCACUACAGCUGGCCCGCCCGUGAUCACCGAAGACGAGGGCGGAGGCUGGGUCACCACGUCUCGCCUCACUCACUACCUCACCAGAAUGAGGAAAAUGAGUGAGGCGACGGUAGAGUGCCGAGCUCACAAUCCCGACGCCGAGAGUGAAGUUAGCCGGAAACACGUCAUCACCAUCAUUAAACGACCUGGUACACCCGUCGUAGAGGUCGUGGAGGCGGAGGGGGCGGUCGUAGCAGGCAACACACUAGGGGUCGUGUGUACCACCGAUGGGGGAAAUCCGCCCCCCAAUAUCACAAUGUACAAAGGCAACGAGAAGCUCCCGAUCAAGGUCAUCCACGAAGGCACCAUGACCAAGGCAGGGACAGAAUUCAAGGUCACGGCGGCGGACAACGAGGCUGAGGUCAAGUGUGACGUCACGAGCCUGGCCACGAAGAAACCAAUGAGCUCCUUCACGACCAUUCAUCUUUUGUGUGAGUAG